AUGAACACGUCGCACGACAAGCCGCUGCAAUGCUUCUGGAAUGCCACAGUGGGCACAUGCCACAAAAGUGACUGGAGCUCUUGCGGCUACGACUGGCUCGCAAAAGUUCCCGUGGGUCUAGUGUGGCUCGUAUGGUUUUUUGCAGGAACAUACGCGCUGAGUCAGUUUGGGACGCUCAAAUUCGACACGACGAUACAUGAUCCGCUCGGACAAGGAAUUGCCAUCGCCUUGUCACAGCGAAAAUCCACGUCUGUGAGGAGACCGUGGCUGCUGCGAUACAUCAAAUUAUGUGCCAUCUGGGCCGAGUGGCCGACGUUUACGUUCACCCCGCUCACGAUCGCAUUCAAAAUCUCCAAUGAAGAAGGGCUGUUACGGGGCUUGAACCUGAAUGUGGAUGCUGCGUUGGAGGUCUUCGGGGUCGUCUUGGUGGCAUGCUGUGGCUUGGGCAUUGUUGUCCUGCGCAACUGGAAGCGAAACGCGUCCGGCGACGCCAUUCUCAAGAAAGCGUUGUAUCCGAUCACGUUUGAUCUGUUUUUCAUCCCUACGACCACCCUCCUCGCUCGUAUCGGCACUUGUCCCGAAGGGUUUGCCCACAUUGCCCUUGCCAGCGGCGCCACGUGCGAAUGCGUCGAUCAAUUUGGGGGCUUUUGGGCGAUUGGAUUUGGCGGAUUCGUGUUGCUCUACUGCAGCGCCAUGUACUACAAAAUGCACAUUGAACCCCACGGCACCACGAUGGACUUUCGAUUUCAAACGAGCUUUCAAAUCAUGAUGGCCAUGGCUCGGACAGUCAACCCCAUCGUAUCCAUCCUCGUGGUCCUGCUCAACGUCCACAUUUACCCUGCGCGGGCCACCCCCAUCGCAUGCGCGUUCCUCAUCAUGGUCACGUACCUGCUGGUGUACUCGUACAAAACGCAGCCGUGCAUUGGCAGCGGCCGCAUCCCCAACAACAUCCGUGUCGUGAGCUUUUCCAGCUCGGUCUACUCGAGCGUGUGUGUGUUUUUGUUUUGCGUCACGGGGACGUCCAUCUCGUCGUUGUACUACAGUUUGGUGCCUUUGCCCGUCGUGUGGCUCGUGGCGUGGACCAUCAACGACCGCCGUGCCAAGCUGUUUUACAUUCCGUACCGCCCAAUCGUCGAUCUUUUGGUCAUGCCUGAAGCGCGGCCGCAACUGGCAGGGGUUAUCGCGGCGCUGUAUGCGGACCCGAUGAAGAUUCGCUCGGAAGACUACUUGCUCAUUGUCACGCGACUGUACUCGAUCGCUCGAUCCAGUGACGCGGAGCCGCAAAGCCGCACGCACGCACUUCGAACCCUCUGGUUUCUUCACUGCAAAAAUUUCCGCAAGGCCAAAGGGCAGUUUGGCGAGCCGGAGGACGAAAUGCAGGCGCUACCCCCAAAACUCUGGCUCAAGGAUCGAGAAAACCCCGACAGAGUCCAGUGGACCAAGGCCGGGAUGGCCAAAUCCGAACUCCUCUCCAGCAAGCAAACGCAAGUGAAAAUUGCGCGCAUCGACCACCUCAGUGAUGUGUUGCAAGACGAUUCAGCAGCAUCCGUGGAUAUGACUCACUUGGCAUUGUUGUCCAAAGUAUCGGGGCAUAGCGGCCGGCUGUCCCGGACCGCAGGCACGACUGCACUCGCCGAGCUGACGACGACCGCCGCCGAGACGCCCCCUAACGUCGCCGCUGCUGCAGUGGCAGAUGUAGCUGCAGCAGCUACGACUGAUAAUGGUACCCCCGAUGCUCCUGCAGCGUCGAUUCGCCCCCCCAAGUUGCGAUCGUUUGCUAUGCCCAUCUCGGCCAGAUCGUCUUCGAUGGUCGCGACCACGGUAUUUGGAGUGAUUCGCAUUCGAGAAAAGCAAUGGCUGUCCCGAAACGAAGACCCAGUCGACGCGGUGCAGCACUGCGACGAAUUGUUUCGGCUUGCAAAGGAUGUCAUGGUGACGUGCACCGUGGUCGCCGACAAAUCGGCCAUGUUCGAGGCGGCCAUGUACCUCUUGCAACUUUACCAAGCACGGUACCUCCGACUGCACAAAGCCACGUACGUUCGCAUCGUGAGCAGCCUCUGCGCCACCGACCACACCAAGAUCGCCAUCGAUGCUGUCCACACGUUGUACAAAUUGGUGCUCGACGCAGUGCUGGCCCCCGAGCUGUGGCUACGCACGUCGUCCUCCUUGGACCUUCUCUUGUGCGCGCUGGACCAUCCCAGCACCGUGACGGUUGCCAAGUGUGUGAUCGUGGCCAAAGCCAUCCUCAUGGCAGCGGAAUCCGAAUCCCGGACCAACCUUUUUGCCUUGCUCACGCCGGCGUCCAUCGCGCGGCUGCGCUGCGCCUUCUUGGAUUACCAUGCCAACUACCAGAUCAGCACGACCCUCGAAGACAUCUGCGCGGGGCUGCAUCGCAUGGAACUGCAGCGCGGCGCCAAACACCGCGAGGACCUCCAACGACGCGCGGCGGCGUCGUCGCUCAUGCGCAAUAUCGCGCAGUCGAUCAAGUCCGGCGCGAAGUCGACAGUGUCAGUGGGCAUCGAUCGUUCCAUGCCGUCAAGGCGCCUCAGCCUUCGCGUGUCCCCAGUGGACCCCCUCGUGACAGCCAAUUUGCAGCAAAUGCCAGACCGAGUGUUCGGGUCAACGAUGUGUGUUCAAGUGCAGGAAAUGGACGAGGAGAGUACGCGCGACUUGGUCAACAAGGCAGUCAACGUCCCCACCACAUCGGCCCCAACUCGGUCGGUGCAUGUCACUGGCGUCGGUUCCGGUGGCAAUGUCAAGGGGGGGGCUGCUGGCGGCGUGAAGAUUCAGUACUUGUUUGUCCAAGCCGAUGUGAUCGAGGAGAUCCACCGCCGACGAACAGUCCGCACGCAAUUUGAGCAAGCAUUGAUGCGCGCAUACCAAAUCUACAACGACGGACGGGCUCGCGUACAAGUGGACCGUCCGGCGGACGCGGCAACAUCGCCGAUUUCAAGGAAGAAACUACCGGCGAGCUUUGGCGAGAUCAUGGAGUUGUAUGCCGUGCCGGGGUGUGCGCUGGAAGGGAUGCUGGCAUCAGUGGUGCAGCCGCAUAUGCGACAAUUUUUCGAGUCGCAAGUGAUGCCGUUCAUGAUCCUUCGAUGA